AUGUCUCCAACCACAGCUGUACAGCGGGGGCUUGAUGUAAUUGUCAGGAGCCUUCCUGAAAACAUACGGGAAACUCUACUUCUUCCCCUGCUCGCCAAAUCCUUAGCCGCACUAUUGGGUUACAUUACACUGCGCCAAGUAAACAGAACCCUGAAUGCAUGGUCACUGAACAGCCUAGUGAGCCGGCCGUGGCAGAAUGACCGAGAACUUGUCUUAGUCACAGGGGGGUGCAGCGGCAUUGGGAAAGCAGUGAUGGAGGAGCUUUCUCAGCAUGGCGCUAAAGUUAUUAUCCUGGAUAUCCAGCAGCCGUCCUUUGAGCUUCCCCCCAAUGUCUUCUUCUAUGAGACUGACAUCACUUCAACUGCUGCCCUACAUGAAACAGCCGAUGAGAUUCGCGCUAUACAUGGGCACCCAACAGUCCUUGUCAACAAUGCCGGCGUAUUGCAUUUUACUCCUAUCCUCGACCAAGCAGAAGUCACUGUUCGCCAGACCUUUGAGGUCAAUACCAUGGCCCAUUACUGGACGGUGAAGGAGUUCCUCCCGGCGAUGAUCGAGCGCAACCACGGCCAUGUAGUCACCCUGGCUAGUAUGGCCAGCUUUCUGAGUGUGGGUAACAUGGCCAGCUACGCCUGCUCAAAAGCAAGUGCGCUAGCUUUUCAUGAAGCCAUAGGCCAAGAACUAAAAUUUUGGUACAAUGCCGAUGGGGUGAAAACGAGUGUGUUCCAUCCAUUGUAUGUGGGGACCCCCAUGAUCAAGCCCCUGACCAAGGGCGGAACUCGCUUUAAACGCCCUGUACUGGCAGUGGAAACAGUGAGCCAUGCAAUCAGCCAACAGAUCCUGUCCGGGAAGAGUGGCCAAAUAAUUCUACCGGGCAAGCUUUGGUGGCUGAGUUUGCUGCGGGGAUUUCCUACCUGGCUGCAGGAGUCGAUAAGGGGCAGCAGCUCGCAGGGUGCGAAGAGGCUCGGAGAUAGCAGUAGAGCGUGA